UACCAUCAUAUGCGAGUCACGAAUCUCUCCCGACAAAUGGACGAGGUAAAAAUUGUUCCCGAGACUGAUUCUGAAAAAACGUCAAUUAACUCGAUGGCAGGGCAAUUGCCUAUGUACUCGGGUCAGAAAGUUGAUCAUUACAAAUGCAAAUAUCCAUACUCGAUCGUUUGGACGCCUAUUCCGUGUCUUACAUGGCUGUUUCCCUUCAUUGGUCACAUGGGUAUCUGUAUGACUUCUGGGGUCAUCCGUGACUUUGCUGGUCCCUACUAUGUAUCGGAAGACUGUAUGGCAUUUGGAAAUCCAACAAAGUACUGGCAGUUAGAUCUGAGCAAAGUCAGAAAUGGAAAGGAUAACUGGGAUAAAGCUGUACAUGAGGCAUCAGAGGAAUACAAGGGCAGAAUGCACAAUCUUUGUUGUGACAAUUGUCAUUCACAUGUUGCCAUGGCAUUGAACUUGAUGCAUUACAAUGGAGGCUCCAACUACAACAUGAUAUAUCUCUGCUUUAUGAUGCUAAUACAUGGAAAAUAUACCAGUGUCUGUGGCAUCGUGAAGACCUGGCUUCCGUUCCUGAUUAUGGCCUCCAUCAUAUUGACCGUAGUUCUGGUGAUGCAUGUUGCUUAGCAACAGAGAGACUUGAGCAAGUUGUAUGGCUGUGAUAAUGUACUAAUCCUAUGUUGUAAAUUUGUAAAUAAAAUUGAUGUUAAUAAUAUGAACUACACAGAAUUAAAUUAUCCUCUAGAGUUAUAAUUUGUUUAUAUCCCACCCAACAUGAGCUGGCAAUGGAUGCGGUAUCUGUCUUAACGUCAAUGUCAGCCUUUCUGUUUUGAUGAGUUUUUAAGAACUAUUAGGUAUAGAAUUAUUAUUUGGCAUAUAGCUUGCUGAAUUGCUUCAUUGACCUUGCCAUAUUCUAAAGGUCACAGGGAUCAAGUAUUUCAAUAUAGUGGAAUAGCUAUCAGGUUUGUUAAAACUUGAUAUACUUUCAAGGUCACAUGGGUCAAAUAUGUCAAAAGAGAAUCUCUUUGAUAAGGAUAUCGUUAAGGGCUCUGAUAUAUAUUUUGUAGGUUACUGGAAUGAUUGCUAUGACAUUAUUUCAAAUUAAUGUUAUUUAAACCCAAAUCUUGAUCUAUUAAACUUACUUCUGCACUGUACUUCAAUUUCCAUGAUGUAACAUACAUGACCAGGUGAGAGUUAACAUACAGACCCCUUCAGCCUCUUGUUUAGUCUCAAAGCAAUUUAUUUAAGGGUAGAGUAAUCUUAGAGAUUAAAUGUCUGAAUCAAACAUCUGAGGUUAAAUAUCUGAUAUUUAUAUAAAAGCAAUGAAAAAAUAGUUGAUUAAAAGUACCAGGUUAGUAAUGUAUACUGUCAUAGGUAGGAAGAUAUACGAUAAAAUGAACCAAUCAUAUGUCUUUUAAAGAUGCCGAAAUCUAAUUAUGAAAGAUAAAAUCUGGCAUCAUGGUGCAAUACAUAGCAACAGUAACCUUGGUGUUGACCUUGUGACCCUGAAACACAACUCGGGUUAUUAUCAUACUUAAUCAUUUUAAUGUGUUAAAAUUCUCCAUAAAAUGGUGGGAACAUAAUUAAUUGUUACAUGGUGUUUUUUCAUUCCUAAACUAUUCAUUGAUGAUGAUACCAUUGGCUAAGGUUUUAUGAUAAUAUCUGACUACAGGGUUCAGUGCUGCCAUUGAUCUAUUGGCAAGUACAACAUUUAUUACCAAAAGUCUGAUCAAGGGUAUCAAUGCCAGUACUUAUGAUAUUGUUAUGCUUUAGGAAUAGUUUUAAGGCCUGUAUGUAGUUACUGAUUGGUGUGAAUAUACUUUAUAUUAUCAUUUUUUUAUAUAUAUUUUUUUAAACUCUUUUUGAUGUUGAACACUGAUGAUUGAUUGAUGGAUUGAGUGAUAGGUUUUACGUCCGCUUCACUACCGAGGAGUUCGGUUAUCCAGCAGACAAUGUGUUGAACACUUCAUGUAACUGGCUUUAUACUGUAGCCCUUUGAUCAUAGAAUUAAUAUAAUUUGUGUAUAAACAGCAGAUCGUUUAUAAUUAAUAGAUGUUUGUUGCUUCUUAACUUCAUGAAAGAUUUAAUUGCAAAUUUAAAAACUGUACCUAUGUAUAUUUGUUUCGACACAAAAAACAAGGAACAUUUGGUCAUUUAUUGUAUAUUUUUCCUUUCAUGAAUUCAAAUCCUUUCAAAUUACAAAUGUAGUUGUUUGAAUAACAGUUAGGAAAAAAUUUAAUAAAAAUGGAAGUUCAUGAGAUUUACAUAAAAUAAUUAUUGUUAUUUUUUCUUAUAUGAAUCAAACAUAAUAAGUUUCCAUGAAUAAUUGGUAACGGGAUCAGAGGGGAGAUAACUCAUCAUGUCUUGCACUUUAUUACAUUAUUUUGGUCUUCAUUACAAGGUAAUCAAAAUGUUAGCGUUUCUAUCAAAGAUGUUAAUAUUGUGAUUGUUUUCAUUUCAUGGUAGAUGGAUGUUGUAUGAGUGUUUUAAAAGUUUAGAAAUAUGAAUAAAUAAUGUGAUCCUUGGAAAUGAAAAUACGAGGAUUUGAAAAACAAAAAUUGAAUGAAAUGAUAUAAUGUAGUGUUGUAUUGAUGUAAACUGAAAGAGAAAUUGUAUAAGGCCAAUGUAAUUAAAACCACUUUUUUUGUGUGUUUUUUUUGUACAAAAUCCCCUACCCUUGAUUCGACAAAAAAUAUGACAUUGAAAGGGAUUUUUUGAUUAUUUUUUUUGCAUCAUGUUUUGUAAACUAUUCAUGUAGAAUUUAUUGAGAAAGAUUUGUGAAAAUGUACACAUACUACUGUUGAAUAAACCUGAUAAAUCUACACAUUAUAUAAGUAUAAAUGUUGGAACUUGGGACAAUAUGUUAAACUUAUUGAAUUGAUUUAUGAAAUGUGUAUGUUCAACUUUGUGUCUGUUAAAUAAGUCAUUCUAACACUUGAUGCAGGUGUUAAAUAUUGUUGUUUGUGUGUUUGUAUAUUUCGUAUAUUAGUAAAAAAAA